AUGGCGGUUAAUGGAAAUGUCAGUUUUAGAGGAGAAGGCCUCAAUAACCUUGUAUUAACGUGUUCUGGGGAUAAAAAAGUAUACAGAUUGAUGAAAAAGAAUACAAUAGUUUCACAUGAAGACCACAACAAUCAUUCUGAUAAGGAAAGGACAGAGAAGAUCAAACAGAUAUUGGAGAACCAAGUAGAAUAUGUAGAACAUGUGAUCAGACCACAGAUUCUAAAACAGUUUAUAGCUGUCCAUAAAAUUGUGACCCUACCUGAGGGUUUUGCAGAAACUAUAGAAUCAGUCAUAGCAGAUGGGAGACCAGUGUUUAGGUCUCAGAGUUUAAACAGUAACCAUAACUGCCAUAAGACCAUAGACCCUGCCACCAAAUGUGCAGUCAUGUUACCAGAUCUAUGUUUUGUUACUGAUGUAGAAAGUAACCAGUGCUCGUCUGAUGACUGUCCUGACAGACCUACCAUCAGUGUAGAAAUCAAACCAAAGAAAGGUUUCAUGCCAGAGAAGGGCAGCCUUCCUGAAGAAAGUGCAAUAAAAUACAGUGUAUGUAAAUUCUGUAUACAUCAAAGGCUGAAGGCUAAAGAGGGACGAUGGACAAAGACGAGCCAUUACUGUCCCAUUGAUCUGUAUUCUGGAAACAGAGACAGAAUGAAGCAUGCUCUGUAUGCCAUGUGUGAGACCCCACAGAAUAAUCUGAAAAUGUGUAUGAAUGGUGAUGAAGUAUAUGGAAAAAACGUAGAGCAGGAUCUGAGAGCAGUUCUGAAGGAAUUCUUUGGUGAUAGAAAUACAAAUGGAAUCAAAAAGCAGUUAAUUUUGUCAGAAUUCCUAGAUCUGAUAUUAGAUGCAUUGUUAUAUGUUCCUGUGCUGACCAAUGGACACUCAUCAGAUAACCAAUCAGAUUCUACUCCAUCUAAUGGAUCAGAAACUCAUCAAGGUCCCUUAUGUAGUCAUAAAAAAGAAUACUCAUUGAAACCUCAUCCUCCCGAUGGUCUCUCACAAACCUCCAACAGUCCAGUUGUAAACGGGCAUACCCACCAAUCAUGCCAAAAGUGUUCACAAAGUUCUUAUCAUUUAUUUGAUGAUGAAAAUUUUAACCUACCACAUAAUUGUAUAUUAGGACAAGUUUUAGCAGUACAAUCUUUAGACAAAUUAGAUAUAGAAUGUGUAUAUCCCUUGUUUCUCAAGGUCAAGGAACAUUUAAUACAACAUCCAAAUGAUGGAGAUAAGUGGAGUCUAUUUGGACCUUUUAAAGAAGAAACAUGGCUACGACCAUGUAUAGACACUGUGAUAGAAGAUAGGGAAUCUUUGGAAUAUGCUGUGGAUAUGGUGAAGCGACACAAUGUAUCAAAAACCUUACAAGAUUGUUCUUUAAUGGUGGCAUUACAGAGAUUAGAAAGGUCACCUGACUAUAAAGGGCCAUAUUUAACAGAUUGCCAUGGAAGAAGAUACAAAUUCUCUGUUAGUAUUAUAGAUCUGGACUAUAAACCAUUCAACAAAGUACAAAAGUGGCAUGAUGUAGAGCGAGAAAUGUUAAAGGCUUACAGGGAAAGAGAACAAUCACACCGCUGUGGACACCUUAGUGCUUCAGUAUGAUAAAAGCUUUUACAAGGUCCUUGCGUACACCCUAGUACUUCAGUAUGAUGAAAGCUUUCACAGGGUUCUGUACAAUAUUGCUUUAAUGCAUUUUAAAAUAGCAAUUUGUUUUUCAUGGUUGUUAGUGUGGAACCUUUGUUUAUUCUACAAAGCCUUUUUGCUGGUUGUAUGCAUUUUUUCCAUUUUGUUCCAAUGGAUUAUUUUGUUCAUUGUUAGCAUAAAGAUUUGUAUUGAUCUUGUUUUCUGUGUGGUUAUGUAACAACAUAUAAUGUUGGAUUGUAGAUUGUGUGUUAUGAAUCUUAUUAAGAAUAUUGAUUGCUAAACUUUAUUUUACAUUUAGUUUUUUGUCAUGCAUAACUAAAUAGAUAACAUUUGUAUUUAAGAGUUUUAUAUUCUUGCAUUUUUGUAACACAAAAGACAAGUUUCAGUUAUCUAAUCAUGCUUGUGUGUAGUAUUGGGCUUCCUGAUGCAAAAAUAUCUGGUUUCCAUGACGAUGGCAUCUAGUUUAUAAAAGGGAGGUCAUUUUCCACCAGAUCCUCUUUUAGUGUAAUUUAUAUCUUUUACAAAGGAAACUGGUUAUAAUAUGAAUUAUUUUAAGAGUUAUUGUGAUAUAUUUUUAUCAAUAUUUAAAUGUAGUAUGUAUUUUUGCCUAUUUGAAAUCCUAUUGAUUGUUGUUACCGGUAUUGUUGAUAUGUGAUACAUGUACUUUUUAUCAGAGCUUUUCUUGUGUAAACUAUGUUUUAUACAACAUUCAUUCUUCUAUAAAUUAUUGGUGCUACUUGUGACUUCUCUGUUGUGUAAUCUAAGGUAUUCAUUUGUUUUGCUCAAAGUUCUGUCCACAGAAUGCUUGAAUCUUAAUUUAAGGGUAUCUGGUAAUGUUUCUCUCUGUUAUUUAAAACAGAAAAAAUAGGUUUUCAAAAUCUGUAUGUAUUCAUCAUGUGAAACUGAUAUUUAUUCAAUUUUAUUAGAAUUUUAAAAAAGUUAUAAAUAAUGAAAUCAAAUUCAAGUCUUGAGAUAGUGAGAGAAUUUUGUGUUGGUUUCAAAUUUUGAUCGUCUCUGUUAUAUUUAUGUUGACCACAUUGUCUUUAGGUUAGUUUGUGUUGUUGGGUUGAUGUCUCAUUGAUGUUUAGUCCAAACCUCACAUUAUUUCUUACUUCUUUUUAUUACCACUGAGUUGGUACAGUGUACUAUAGUCUCAUUGUACAUUGU